AAUACACAUUCUAGGGUUAGGGCUCUCUCUCACUUUUUCUUUCUCUCUCUUUACCAGAUUUCUUUCUAUAUAUGCCUCUACUUGAUUUUCAAUUCACCAAACUCACACAAACACUAACAAAUUAAAAUUCUCAACAUUUUUCUCCUCCUUCUUUUUCCUUCUUCUUCGUCUCGGAAUAGUUCUAUAGAAUGAGGAAGCGCCAAGUAGUUUUGAGAAGAGAGGAGCCAACAAGGAGUGUUAGGACGGUGAAAUAUGGUGAGUGCCAGAAGAACCACGCCGCGAGCGUAGGCGGCUACGCGGUCGAUGGCUGCAGGGAGUUCAUGGCAAGCGGCGAGGAGGGGACAGGGGCUGCCCUCGCCUGCGCCGCUUGCGGCUGCCAUAGAAGCUUCCACAAGAGAGAGGUUGAGACUGAAGUAGUGUGUGAGUGUUCUUCACCACCACCCUCUAAUAAUGGAACUUCUUAGAAAGAGACCACUUUUAAAAAAUUGUAAUGCCUCUUUUUUUUUUUAUAAACAAAAAAAAAAAAAGAAAUGGUUGUAAAAUA